AUGGACAACGCGUUUGGGGCGCGUUUUGGAUUCAUUGGGUUGAAUGGCGGGGCAAGUCGGCAAAUCCCUCCACUUUAUAAUCCUGGUGGUCCCCGUGACAACCAGGGGUCCACCGUCCUGCCGGGCUGGACCGUUGUGGAGAGGAUAGCCCCUUCCCUUUUGCAGAUCUCUUUUGGACUCAACCGUGCAUCGUACGGAGUUGGGAGCUCUUCUCUUCCCUCCGCACUCGAACUCGCCGUUCCCGAGUCUUCGCAUCAGCAUUCUGCUCCUUCUCCUUCUCUUCUGAUUCUAUUCUUAACCUGGAAUCGACCCCGAGUCGCAGAGUUACAGUCGCGGAUCGACCACCAACUUGGCGCUUUGGUUCUCACUCCUGAAGCGCGAAACGCCGCGGGGGCAGACUCGUCGAAUUCAUCCAGCCAGGACAUCGACAUCGACAUCGACAUCGACUCAACACCAACGCCAACUCGAUUUUCUCUUUUGCAAUCCACCAGAUCAAUCUGCUACAAAGCCAUCUGGACCUGCACCGCCGCCACGGCUACGGAUAAAAACGAACCGUUCGAUUUUCAGAAGCAGAAAGGCUCCUCUUGGCGAACCAAGAACCUUACUAGCUCAGCUUGUCCCUGUCCCUUACAUCGCCCUUUUCACCUUUGGGCCUUUUUGACAAUCACCUCCCGUCUUGUUCAAGACGGGCCUAAGGCGCUGCAGCCCAUUUUGUGCCCCAUCGUCCGUCAUCCGUCAUCCGCCGGCAUCCCGACCCCGACCAACGACGGCGUCUCGAGAGAUUGCGUAUCUGCUGCAAGCUUCUUCUACUGCAUCCAAUCCCACCAAAGCACCCCCCCUUCCAAUCCAAGACCCCUCCACCCGCGUCAUUCCAGUCACGUCCUACGAGCCAUGCCCAAUCAUCGAACUCUUCGACGCACAUUUCGCAUAUUCGCACAUUUUGAGCCCCUCAUCGCCCUCAUCGCCCUCAUCGCCCUCAUCGCCCUCAUCGCCCUCGUCGAUACCUCUCGCGUCCGUCGUCAUCCAGCAACGAAAAAAUCCCGGUUCCCUGUUGUCGCCUCCGUUGCGCCCCUCGCCAUCAUGGUUUCCUUCUCGUGUGAGAACUGUGGUGAUGUCUUGACCAAAAAGAAACUCGACCCGCACAGAAACCGUUGUCGAGGCGCCACUUUCACCUGCAUUGACUGCAUGGUACACUUCUAUGGCACUGAAUAUCGGUCGCACACGAGUUGUAUAACCGAGGAUCAAAAGUAUCAAGGCGCGCUCUAUAAGAACAAGAAGGCCAAGACCAACAAUAACAACAACAAUAACAACCACGAGUUCAACGACACUGCCGCCACCGCACCGUCUGUGCCGGAACACAUCAUGAUGCAGCAACCGUACGUCGAGGAGGUUCCCGACGCCGAGUACGAAGAUGUGAGCGAUGACGGAAAGUCGCGCGCCCACCUUCCCCAAGCGCCCUCUCCACCCCCAGCGGGCGAUGGCCACGUCAACGUCUUCGACUUCCUCGAUGCUUCCGCUACUCCGAAUGCUUCGACCCUACAGCUAGCAGCAGCAGCAGCAGCCGCGAGCGAGGAGACCCAGCUCGUCCGUUACGAGGGAGACGGGACAGAGACAGAAACCUAUCUGGACGAAUCCGGUCAGAUGGUCGACGAUAACCCCCAUGCCAUGGUCCAAUACGGUACCGGGCCCGUUCCGACAGCCCCCUACGAGACACCCGCCCCUCGCACCGAGAGGAGAAAAACGGGCUCCGAACUGAAGAAGGACAAGAAGCGAAAGCGACUCCACCUGGACACCGACCAGAUCAUGGCCGACGCGCCACCCGUGCUCCAUUCCGGCUUGACCGGUGGCCUCAAUCGCAUGAUGGCCCCCAUGUUCCCGCCGUCGCCCGACUACUCGGGCGGCGAUGCAGAUGCCGCCGACCCAUCGCCCGGCAGCCCGCUGAAGCUGAAGAAAAAGAAGCAAUCGAAGCAGUCCAAGCACUCGAAGCGGUCCGAAGGCAGCCUCGGCAGCAACCUCCUGGCCCUCAUGGGCGCCGGCAGCAGCUCCAAGUCCAAGUCGAAGAAGAGGAAGGUCUCGUCCUCGUCGAGGAAGUCGUCUUCUCAGCACCGCCAUUCCGACAGGGAAAAGGCUCCCAAGCUGAUCGAGUACCGGCCGCAGUCGCGCGGCGAAGACAAGGACGGCCACGGCGAUGGCGAUCAGCAGAUGAUCGUCUACCGGCCGCGCGCCGACCUGCUCCUCUCCUACGUCGAAAGGGGACCUGAGAGCGAGCGCGGGUACAGCAUGCGGAAGGCGCUGCGGCACUACCACCGCGAACGGAACGCGAGCUCGGACUGCCUGGGUAAGGCGAUGGAGGAGAAGGAGCUGUGGCGGUCCUUGCGGAUGCGCAAGAAUGACAGGGGCGAGAUUGUGUUGUUCGGUCUAGAAGGGUGA